AUGGAGUCGUCAAAUGGAAACACGCCCCUCCCGGAGGAAGUGAGCAAGCCUCCGGAGGGUGUCGUACUCCCUCCUAAGGAUAUUCGAGCGAUCGUGGAGAAGACCGCGGGCUAUGUGUCUCGCAAUGGAUCAGUCUUCGAAGAUCGUGUUCGCGAAAAGGAGAAGAACAAUCCAAAAUUCUCCUUCCUAGACCCGGACGAUGCCUACGCGCCCUUCUACCAGUGGCGCCUGGUUGAGAUCAAGGAGGGCCGUGGAACAUCAGUUUCCGCAGGCCGCCCUGGCGAGGCUGUACCAGCUGCUGAGCCGGAAAAGCCAAAGGGUCCCCCGGAGCCCCCCGCGUUCAACUUCUCUGCGCGCAUGCCUAUUAUCAAUGCACAGGAUCUGGAGGUCGUCAAGCUCACAGCAUUAUUUGUCGCCAAGCGAGGAAAAUCUUUCAUGACGGCACUGUCCCAACGUGAAGCCGGAAAUUUCCAGUUCGAUUUUCUCCGACCCAAUCAUACCCUCUACCAAUUCUUCACGCGACUUGUGGAUCAGUACACCAUCUUGUCACGACCGGAAGGGAUUGAUGAGGCCACCACGGAGAACAAACGCAUUGCUGAAUUAGAUCAAAAUGUGCGGAACAAGUACCAUAUCCUAGAGCGGGCCGAUCAGCGCGCAGAGUGGGUGAAGUACCAGGAGCAACAGAAACAGGAGAAAGAAGACGAAGAAGAGCGGGAGCGGAACGAAUACGCGCAGAUCGACUGGCAUGAUUUUGUCGUUGUAGAGACCGUUGUGUUUACGGAGAGCGAUGACCAAACAGAGCUACCUCCGCCAACCUCGCUCGGAGAUCUGCAGACAGCUUCUCUCGAGCAGAAAGCCGCGAUGUCUCUCAACCCUCUUCGUAUCGAAGAAGCCAUGCCCACCGACCUCGACAACCCUACCUACUACAAUGCCUACCCCGCCCAGCCAGAAUCUAUCGCCCCACCGCCACCCCCAUCUGUGUCUCCUUACCCUGUUCAACCGCAAGCGCCUUACCCGCCGCCCGGCGGCAUGGAUUACGGUGUACAAUACCCUGUCCAGCCAGAGGCCCAGCAGGUCCGCACCGAAUCCCCUGUCUCUGCCCCUGGUGCGCCUGGCCAACCGCCGAUGCGAAUCCGCUCGGAUUAUGUUCCGCGUGCCCAAGCUCGACGCCAGCAAGGCGCCGGCGCAACCGCGCUCUGUCCAAAUUGUCACCAGCAGAUUCCCGUCGCAGAGCUGGAGCAACACAUGCGUAUCGAGCUAUUAGACCCUCGCUGGAAGGAGCAGCGUGCCAAAGCGGAAGUUCGUAGUGCCACGACAAAUCUGUCCACAGUCGACGUCGUCAACAACCUCAAGCGCUUGGCCAGUCAGCGCAGCGACGUCUUCGACCCAGCACCGGGGGUCGACCCCGAGGAAGAGGCUCGCCGCAAGCGUAUUGCCAUGGGUGCUGCACCAGACGGUACUUUGCCACCUGGUAUGUCUGUGCCACAGCCCCCCGGCAUUGGCCCCGGGGGUGUGCCCAAUCCUCAAAAUCCGAAUCUCGAAGAUCAGAUACGGCAUAUUUACCAUCGCGCCAAUCAAUGA